CGGGCACAGGAAACGCUCUGAGAAACUAUGGAGCAAAGCCUCCCCUCUCUGGCACCGCCUGGGAGCACCCCAUGGGAUGAGGGAGGCAGUCAGGCAAAGGUUAGGGGAGGAAAGCAAAGGCAGGGACCCAGAACGGCUCCAGGAAAUGUUUGUAUUUCUCCACUGGGAGGGAGGACAAACAAGCUUUUUUUCUUUCUUUCUGGACAGCUUUUGUGCUCUCCAGCACAGAGUCAAUCUGAGAGAAAGUGAGGCUUCCAAGAAAAAGUGUCCUGGGGCUGGCCCCCACAAUACCUCUGCGGCAUGUCUCUCAUCAGAUCCGCCAGCCCCUUCCCAGCAAGGACCACUUGCUCCACAUUGCAGGCGUCGCAAAGUCUGGCCGCUGUCCUUCUCAGAGAGGCAGGCAGCUGGUGACCCAGGCUCAGGAGAAGCGACCUCCAUGGGGCUCUCAAUUCCUCCCUGGAUUUUCUUUUCUCUGUGCCGCUAAAUCCUGGGCGAUUAGAGAAACAGCAGCUGCCUGGGUGGCAACAUCCAGAUAAGGACCCUUGCCUUUGUGGGGGACACUGUGUUCUGACCACCAUGGACAACGGAUCCUGCUGCCUCAUCGAAGGAGACCCCAUCUCUCAGGUGAUGCCCCCACUGCUGAUUCUGGCCUUUGUGCUCGGUGCCCUGGGCAACGGCAUCGCCCUGUGCGGUUUCUGCUUCCACAUGAAGACCUGGAAGCCCAGCACUAUUUACCUUUUCAACUUGGCUGUGGCCGAUUUCCUCCUCAUGGUCUGCCUGCCCUUCCGGACAGAUUACUACCGCAGACAUAGACAGUGGGCCUUCAAGGACAUUCCCUGUCGGGUGGCGCUUUUCAUGCUAGCCAUGAACAGGGCCGGGAGCAUCGUCUUCCUGACAGUUGUGGCUGUGGAUAGGUAUUUCAAAGUGGUCCACCCCCACCAUAUGGUGAACACCAUCUCCAAUCGGACGGCAGCUGCCAUUGUCUGUGCCCUUUGGACCUUGGUCAUCCUGGGGACGCUGUAUCUUCUGAUGGAGAGCCACCUAUGCGUGCAAGACCAGACGGUCUCUUGUGAGAGCUUCAUCAUGGAGUCAGCCAACGGCUGGCAUGACAUCAUGUUCCAGCUGGAGUUCUUCCUGCCCCUCAGCAUCAUCCUCUUCUGCUCCUGCCGAAUUAUCUGGAGCCUGAAGCAGAGGCAGCAGUUGGCCAGGCAGGUUCGGAUGAAGAGGGCGACUAGGUUCAUCAUGGUGGUGGCGGUUGUGUUCAUCAUGUGCUACCUGCCCAGUGUGUCAGCUAGGCUAUAUUUCCUCUGGACGGUGCCCUCAAGCACCUGUGACCCCUCUGUGCAUGUAGCCCUCCACGUCACCCUCAGCUUCACCUACAUGAACAGCAUGCUGGACCCACUGGUGUAUUAUUUUUCCAGCCCUUCAUUCCCCAAAUUCUACACCAAGCUCAAAAUCUGCAGCCUGAGGCCCAGGCGUUCAGGACACUCCACCACACAGGGGACAGAAGAGAUGCCAGUUUCAGACCUCUGUCACAAGAGCUGCAUCCGUUUGGCAGAUAACUGCCAAAGACAGUCUGCUGUGCAGUGGGAUCUUGAAACAUGUUGAAUGGCACUGGGUUAAACAAGCAAACACACUUGAGAAGGGAAGAUUGGUGGCUUAGAUAUUAAUCAUGCUAAGAGGUGGGGGGACUUUGAAAAUGCAGUUCUUCUUAGCUACAUCCUCCUCCUGGCCACUCUUCGGAAAAUUAGAAGCAAAUUUCAGAUAACUGUGCCUUUUUGGAAGGUUCCAGUUCAGAAGUGAGUCAUCUUCAUUUAUCUGAUUUGAUUACAAUGACAGGGGACAAUGUGUAGUUUGUAGUGUGGGGGGGCAGGGCUAUGGGGGUUAUUGGAAAAAGUUCAGCUCCUAUGUAAUUUUAAAUGGCUGAGAAAAUAAGUACACUGUUUUAAACAGGUCAUGUUCCCUCUUGGGAGAAGGAGGGGUGCGUGUGUGUGUGUGUGUGUGUGUGUGUGUGUGUGUGUGUGUGUGUGUGUGUGUAGGGGAUAAGUUAGUGAAUUUAAUGACUUAGCAGUAUUUCCUAUCCUCUGACCUUAGACCAUUACUUGUCUUGGAAAUAAGAAACAAGACUAAGUCAAAUAUUGUCUUUCUGGCUAAGUGAGGCUCUUUAAAGUAGGAUAUUUUGAGCCUGAUGAUUUUCAUCUUAAACAGGGUCCCUCUUAUAUAUUUAUGCCUUGCUGGUAGCCUAAGAAGAAAGGCAGCAACACAGUCUGCUGUAACUUUCUUAAAUUCCACAUUUUUCUGCAAGACUGCAUUUCAAAGAAGGUGUUAAGGGGUAUGUUUAUCUGCCCUGUUUAUUUAUUUGUUUGUUUUUCUAGUGGUAGUAGAGGGAUUAAAACUAUCCCUUUAGUUUUUGAGAUGUGCUCAUUCCAUUGUAAUUGAUUUGGACUGCUUAUUAUGUGACUGUGUUCUAUGACUGAGUCAAUAUUAAUUAUUCACUGAUUCUACAUAUACUUACUAGCUUAAUUUUCCAUGCCAGGCACAGCACAUAUUUCCCCCACCCUCCUUUAGCCUGGAGGGACAAUCACUCAACCCAUCAUGUCAGCAAAAUUCUUUUUGAAGUGGGGAAGGGGGAAAGAAUGGUCAUGGCCAUCACUGUUCUGAUGGAUAUAGUUUCUAGACCUGUUCUCUGCAGAGAUCAGUGCUCUCUUCUGAAUGCAGGGUUCUGUACAAAUGCCAAAGAGUGGAAAGGAUAAGUGUGCCUCAUACAUAUGAGUUUCCUAAAUAAGUAGCUGGAGCCCUCAGAACUAGAUGAGUCUAUGAAAUGACAAGCGGCCCCUACCCUGGAUUAGGGGACAAAGACUCUCAACCAAUUUUAGUUCUAGUCUCAAGUCACAACUAGUGAAAGUGCUGCUUCUUUAUUUACAUGGUCUUUAAUUCCCAGGGAACUCUCUAUAUCUAAGGACCUAACCAGUGUUUGUUUUUGCCUUCAAACAGCCCUAAAAACUGUCCUUAUACUUUCUUUUUUCAGAGCUGCUGCAUAGCCUCACGAGGGGAAGAAUGUGUUGUACAAAAUUAGAUGAAUCUAAAUUUGAAUUCCAAAUCAACCAUUCACUAAACUGUGUGAUCUAGGGGAAGACUUCACUUAAAUUAUAUAUAUAUUAUUAUUUACAAGAACAAUACUCAGCUCUGAAUUACAGUGAUAUGGGCAUAGAACCUGAGAUUAGAGCCUCAGGCAUAAGAGUCUCUUUGCAUAACCUUUAUGCUACCUACGUCCACCCUAAACACUAUAUCUUCAAUUCCCUCAACUAUCAAACAGAGGUAGCAAGAGAUAAUAAUGACUUCAUAAAGUCAUGGGGCAGGUUUAAAAAAAGUAUAGUUCUGAAGCAUUAGAGGCUUUGUUCACUGUUACAUCCCCAGUAAGUAAACAGAAAUGUCUGUAUAUAAUAUGUGCUCAAUAAAAUUUGUGAAUGACUGGAUAGAGGCUGUAUUAAUUACAGAGUCUGGCAGUACUCACAUUAUGAUUGAACAUGUAAGCAUACUGUAUACAUGAAGAAAAUAAAGCACAGAAGCAAUUUCCUUAGGGGGUUAGAGCACUCCAUCAUCAACACCUGAAUUUCUCUGCUCUCAACUGCCUUAGAGGAGAGCACAGAAAAGGAUUAUUCUUAAAUAUAUAUAUUUAUUCAUUUUUUGAAGGAAUACAGAAAAUUCAAGAGGGGAGGAGGGGGUUGGGACAAAGAGAGACACCUACAGCACAGCUUUGUAAAAAAAAUUUUAUUAUCUUUAUUUAUUUAUUGUAUAGAGAUAGCUAGAAAUCAAAAGGGAAGGGGGUGAUAGAAAGAGAAAGAGACAGAGAGACACCUACAGCACUGCUUCACCACUUGCUAAGCUUUUCCCCUGCAGGUAGGAACUGGGGGCUUGAACCCAGAUCCUUGCACAUUGUAAUAUGUGUGCUCAACCAGGUUUGCCAACCACCUGGCCCCAGGACAGCUUCACCACUCAUGAAGCUUUCCCCCUGCAGGGAGGGAUAGGGGCUUGGAUCCAGGUUCUUGCAUAUUGUGACAUAUACACUCUAAGAGGUUCACACUGCCCAGCUACUUUUUUAUUUUAUAUAUUUUUAUUUUAAUGCAGUGCCUGGGAAUGAACUCAGGGUCUUGUACACGUGUAAAGCUACUGAAUGUCUGUCCACUUUUUAAAAAAUUCUGUAUACUUAGAGAGGGAAAGUCCUGGCCAAUUUGUUCAAUUGGUUAGAGUGUGGUGCUAAUACUUAGAGAGGAAAAAAGAGAAACAUUAAAAACAUUGCUCCACCAUCUAUAGAGUUCUCUUUGGUGUUAUCAGUCGUCCUCCUAUAUGUUGCCAGGGGAUCAAACCUAGGACCUCACUUGCCAUUCUAAGGCUGUAAUUUGUGGCUAUAAGGCUCAUGCUUUCCCUAUACCAGGUGAACUAUCUCCUGAUGCUCGGGCAAGUGUUCUUAUCAACAUCAAAGAGCCAUAUGUUCUCAUGGAAAUCUGUGAAAACUCACACUUCCGCUGUUUUUAAUUCUAAGUUACAGUUCUUCCCUGGACUGCUCCUUGUUGCUUCUGUUUAAUAAAAUGUGUUCUGAAAUAAAAUCCAUGUUGUAACUAUGAGCCUAUGUUGAAAGAC